AUGUCGGCUUCAAAAACCAAAGAAGAAACUCCACCUCCAUUGGUUUAUUUGGUAAACUUUGAAAACUAUCUUAAACCAAAACAUUCAACGAAAUGCCAACCUCUUCAACGUUUCGACAAACCAAUUGGCAAAGUGACAAGGCUAACAAGGAGUUUAAAGCGUUUGAAACUGAUCAGAUGGUACUAUAGUGCCUCAAAGCGAUUUGGCCAACUGCCUUUACCCAAAUUUCUGGAAUUCCUUCGGGCCCGAAACGACGAUGGCCUCUGCAAGCGAAAGACUGGCUUUGAGAUCUACUGCGAAAUGGCCAGCAUCCAUGGCUUUCACAUUUUUGUUGGCGCCAAGACCUGGCAGCGCAUUCUUUGGUGGUUGCUCAUCUGCUCGGCAGUUUUACUUUCACUUUUAAUAGUCACAAUGUCUCUUGCAAUAAGCAACGAAAGACCUACGAUGCGUUCCAUAAUCACCAUGAUGAAGCCCUCGUCUGAAGUGCCAUUUCCGGCGAUUACCAUUUGUGGAUUUGAAAAGUUUUCCCCUACAAGACUUCAAAAUAAAUCAAAAGAAUGGGGUAUACCCCAAGAAAUGCUAUGGAAUUUGAACUUCACGAGUAUUCAGCCAUUAAUCAGCAGAAAUAUAAGUUGGAAAAGAAUUCUGGAGGAACUUUCUACUCCGAUGUGUAAUCAAAUCCAAAAGUGUGAAUGGGAAAGUCCCUUGAAAAACUGUUCAGAUAAACUGAAAGCCCUUUGGACUUUGGAUCAACGACUUUGCUGCAGUUUUAAUUACCAACGAGAGCUCUUCAGUUCCCAUUUAGGACUGAGACUAGUUUUAAACACUCCCACUAAUAAUUCUUCCGGUUAUGAAGUCCUAGUCCAUGAUUCCUUUGAGAUACCCAAUGAGGUGACUUCGAGACUAUUAGUUCCCAGUGGCUCAGAAGCCCAUAUAAUGGUGCAACCAUUUGUCAAUAGCAUUACACCAAGUAUAACAGAAAUAUCUAUAGAAAAAAGAGGCUGUUACCUCCAGGAAGAGUAUUCAUUGUUCUCCUCUUCAGUCUACAAUCAAAUGAACUGUCUUGCCGAAAGUCGAAGCGAAGAAAUUCACAAAUCUUGUGGCUGCGUUCCUCCUCAUUACCCCAGUCGUUCAGAUUGGAGAGUCUGUGAUCUUGAACAAAUGCAUUGCGUUAAAGAAUGCGAAAAUAAUGAAUCGUUUGAAGAAGAACAAUCGAAAUGGAACUGCCUUCCGGCUUGUCAAUUCAAUCGUUACGAAUUCCAGAGUGAUAUACAGAUUUUAAAAACAAUGGAUAACCUUGGCAAUACGAGCCAACCGAAUAAUCAAAACCAACAAGUCCUUUUGCGUGUCUACUACGACUCUCCGAUGGCCGAGGAACUCGUUUUGGACGUUUACGAAAACUGGCUAACAUUUAUAGGAACCUUUGGCGGCAUAACCGGUCUAUUUAUGGGCUGCAGCUUUGUGUCCGUCUUCGAGCUGAUUUUCUUUUCGUGUGUUCGACCCACUUGCAACUGGCUGACCCGCCAGCAGAUAAUGUGGCGCCGCCGUCGGAAUCAGAGAGUGGGUCAGGCCAACGAGGUCGUUAGGGCGGGCUAA